GAGACAGAGAGAGAAAGAAAUACGUGGUCCAUCAUACUAGUCUAUGGCUGACUGACUGACACUCACAGUCACAGCAGCCGUGUUGAUAAUUAGAAGAGAACAGAUCCAGCGGGCAACAACUCUUUCUUUUAUCAUUCUCUCUUCUCUCUCUCUCUUUUGCUUCCUGCUACCUCCUCAAUAUACUCUCAUCAACUAUAUUCAGUUAAUCUCUCUCAAGCUUAGCUUCUUCUGCUACCUGCAAUUCACAUAGCUUCUAUAUUUCAAAGAUGAUGUCUGAUGAAGCUGUUUCUGUUCCUUCCAACCUCAUCAGAAGCACCUCAAACUCAAACUCAAACCCUAAUCCUCCUAACCCUAAUAAGAGAAAAAGAAGUCUACCAGGAACACCAGAUCCGGCUUCAGAAGUGAUUGCUCUAUCACCAAAGUCACUGAUGACGACAAACCGUUUCAUCUGCGAAGUAUGCAACAAGGGUUUCAAGAGAGACCAAAACCUGCAGCUACAUCUGCGAGGCCACAAUCUUCCAUGGAAGCUUAAGCAGAGAAACCAUCAGGAGGUUGUAAGGAAGAAGGUGUACGUGUGUCCAGAGAAGAGCUGUGUGCACCAUGACCCUAGUAGAGCUUUAGGUGACUUAACAGGGAUAAAAAAGCACUUUAGUAGAAAGCACGGUGAGAAGAAGUGGAAGUGUGAUAAGUGUUCUAAGAAAUAUGCAGUUCAAUCUGAUUGGAAGGCUCAUAGUAAGAUUUGUGGUACUAGAGAGUACAGAUGUGACUGUGGCACAUUAUUCUCCAGGAAGGACAGUUUCUUAACGCAUAGAGCCUUUUGUGAAUCCUUGGUGGAAAGAAGUGCAAGAAUAGGUUCAGCUCCAGCAGUUUUAUCCAACUUUGGAAACAAUCUUUUGAUCAACACUCAAGCUCAAGCUCAAGCACCAAGAGUUCCUCAUGGUUUAUUUGGGCUUAAUCAGGAAUUCGGUGGACCAAUCCCAGAACAAUUCAUGGGAAACUUUCUCAAUAAUAAUCCUCAUCAUCAUCAGAUUAACAUCCCUCAUCAUAAUUAUCUUCCAAGCAACACCACUACUACAACUAGUGUAUUCUCAUCAUCAGAAGCAAACUCUGAUUUAGAAUUACUUCAGACAAACAUGAACACAUUCGGUUCAAUACCAAAUGGACAGUGGAUGAAUUACCGUUACACCGAUCAACAAGAAGUAUCCAUGCCUAUGCUUACCCAAGGAGUACUCAAGCUAGAACAAGAAGACAACAACAAAAUGAAUGAUUUGUCUCAUUUGUAUUAUCAGAACCAAGUACAAGGAGGUCCAAGUCACAUGUCAAUGGAAUCUCAAUCCACAACUAGAAACGUGAACAAUGGUUAUAAUUCUGCACCUCCCAACAUUGUUGAAAUUAAGAAACUGUUCAAGCAAGGAAACCAUGCAGGAAAUAUGAAUGAAGAUCAACUAAGCUUAACUAGAGAUUUCCUUGGAGUUGGAGAUGAUUCAUUGAAGAAACCCUUGUUGCAACAAGAGGUCCCUAGGUUCAAUCCAAUAGGACCUGUCAUGAACAUGCAAAAUGAUCAGUUUGGUGGACACUAUUGAUGAUAGAAAAAUAGUUAGCAAUGUGAACUAUAUAUGAAUUUUACUGAAGUAGUGAAGCUGUAAGAUAUUAUAUACAAUACAUAUAUAUCAUGCAGCAACAGAUAAAUACAAUGCUCGUGACACUA